CAGCGCCUCAUCAAUCCUGUGCCGCAUACUGCCGAUGGGACUCCGGUAUGACGUCUCGCCACUCGACAAAAAUGACGGCAAAACAGUGGAAGUGGUCUUCUCGUCGCAGUCGACCGACGCUAUAGUCUAUGUGACGGUCGUUUUGGUCAUAUAUAUCGUAAUAUUCCUGAUUUUGGUGAUCACGAGCUAUCGCAAGAGCGCAGCCCUCAGAAACAGUCUGAACCGACACUUACGGCUCCAGAACUCAAACAAUUACGGCGCGACUAUGAUCGUCGACUGCGACAGCAAAGGGAGGGUCCGGUGCGAGACCGUCGAGGAUAACAUACAGGAAGCCACGCAACUAUGAAACCACACAAACAUAUCCAUUGAAUAUAUAUCCGAAAGACAAAUCCAAAACAAAUUUCUAAUGAAUCACAUAAUUGCAGACAAUUUUGUUUUAUUUGUUUGUAAACAUAUAAAUAUAAUUCUGUGUUCAUUCCGAUGGUAUCUGUAAUUUUGUUAUCCAUUUAUUGCAUGCGAUCUAUAAUUUCAUGUAAGGGCUGACAGAUGAGAGACAUGUAUUGAGAGGA